AAUACUCAAUAUUUUCACUAUUACUAAUACACACAAAAAUCUCAACACAAAUUUCUAUUAUUUUAUCCUUGCAAGACAAAUUCUCUUACAUUUUUGUGUGUCAUGACCAUGAAGAAUAAUAAGCAUCAACAAGGUACUAUAGCCUUACCAUAUCUUAAGUUUUUCAAUGCUCAACUUUAUUUCAUCAAUUUCUUUGGUCAUAUUCUUGUAUUUGGUCUUGGUUUACUCAUUGGUAUCACUCUCACUUUUUGUCUCAAAAAUGUUUCAUUCAAUUUUCAAUUCCAACAAUUUCAAGAUCCACCUUUUAGCUUCAAUCCAUCUUCCCAUUUUUCUCAUUCACCUCCUAUCUCAUCAAACCUCUCAAAUCCAUCAAAUGAUCAUAACCAAACAAAUAUUUCUAUCAAUGAGAAGAGUUUGGUGAUUACUUCAAAUGGGUUGGAGGAAUUUUUGAAGAUUCCAAUGGCUAUGCAUGAUAUGAAUGAAGAGGAAUUAUUUUGGAGAGCUUCGAUGAUUCCUAUGAUUCAUAAACCUCCAUUCAAACAAAUACCAAAGGUUGCAUUUAUGUUUUUGACCAAAGGACAUGUUUUAUUGGCUCCUUUGUGGGAGAAAUUCUUCAAAGGAAAUGAAGGGUUGUAUUCUAUCUACAUUCAUCCAAAUCCUUCUUUCAAUGAAACGGUUUAUGAUCAAAGCUCAGUCUUUCAUGGCCGAAGAAUCCCAAGCAAGGAAGUAAAGUGGGGUGAGAAUAGCAUGAUAGAAGCAGAAAGACGUUUACUAGCAAAUGCAUUGCUUGAUUUCUCAAACCAACGUUUUGUACUACUUUCAGAAUCAUGCAUACCAUUGUUCAAUUUCUCUACAAUCUACACUUACCUAAUGAACUCAGAGAAAACCUUUGUGGAAGCCUAUGACCUAGAAGGUGCCGUUGGACGUGGUAGAUACAACUAUAAAAUGAGUCCAUUGAUUAAACUUUCACAAUGGAGAAAAGGGUCACAAUGGUUUCAAAUUGAUCGUUCCCUUGCACUUCAUAUAGUUUCCGACAAGUUAUAUUUUUCUAUGUUCAAAAACUAUUGUGACCCUCCAUGCUAUAGUGAUGAACACUACAUGCCAACAAUGGUUAGUAUCAAGUUUUGGAAGAGGAAUUCUAAUAGAACUUUGACUUGGGUUGAUUGGUCAAAAGGUGGACCACAUCCAUCUAAGUUUUUUAGACAACAUUUGACUAUUGAUUUUUUGGAGAGGUUAAGGUUUGGAAGCACUUGUGAGUACAAUGGAAAGACAAUCAAUGUUUGUCAUUUGUUUGCAAGGAAAUUCACUCCUCAUGCUUUGGAUAGAUUGCUUAGAUUUGCUCCAAAGUUGAUGCAAUUCAAUUGAUUUUACAAUGUACAUUUGUACUUUGAUUUUUCAUUGAUCAUACUCAUUUGUUCUACUUUUUCCACCCUAGUUGAACCAUCAUAGUCAUUGAUUUAUGAAAUAAAUCAAGGGGCACUUAGAUUUUGGCCCUUUCUUUUUCCUAUUGGUUAGAGUUUUUUUUAAUGGUUUGAAUAUAUUAUUCUUUGCAGGAAUUGUGUAUUUUGUUUCUCACUUUUAUAUUCCUUCUCAAUUUGGUGAAUAUCUAGCUGGGCUAUUUUUUUUAUUUCACUUUUAUAUUCCUUCUCAAUUUGGUGAAUAUAUUACUCCCUCCGUCCCGAAUUAGCUGGGCUAU